CGCCUAGCUCCACACGUGUGCAGCGCGCUGGCCUCGCCAGACGACAACGUACUACUCCUUCGCCUCCACUCCGCACCCCGCACGCUUCUCGCGUCCUCCGAUGGCGACGCUGCAGCUCAACCACAUCGCGCGGGAGACCUCCGACGUGGCCCGCCUUGCCGCCUUCUACGAGGCCGUGCUGGGCUUCGAGCGCGUCCCUUCGCACGCCUACUCCGGCUUCCAGGUCGCCUGGUUCCGCCUCCCGGGCACCCCAGACGUCGCGCUCCACCUCAUCGAGCGGGACCCCGCCGCGUCCCCCGCCGCAGUGACGCCCGGCGCCUUGGGCGUGCCGCCCGCUCAGCUUCCCCGGCGCCAUCACCUCGCCUUCUCCAUCGCCGAUUACGACGGGUUCCUCGCGGGACCCAAGGCGCGCGGCACCGAGGUGUUCGAGAAGACGCAGCCCGACGGGCACACGCGCCAGGUCUUCUUCUUCGACCCCGACGUUCCAAGCAACUACCAGAUGAAACCUAAUUACCAACAGAUAGCAAAAUAGCCAGUGUGGAGGACAGAUCUGAGCCAGAAAUAGGCUUAUUUUGACUGUUAUCUGGUGAAAUAUGCCCUUUGUAAGAGUAUUGAAAUGCUUCAUUGAUUUUUAAGAAUAGUGAUUUUUUUUUGUUUUCUCACAAGAACAGUACAAAAGCAGUGAAUAAAAAACAUUCCAUAACCAGGACUUGGUACUGAGCUGCCUAGAUCCAUGCCCUGAAGCAUCCGGCAAGUACUUCUUUGAAAAAGACAACUGUUUUUCCGGAUGAUAAAACUAAUUAUUAGAUACAACUUUCAACUGGCUAGUAAAUAGAGGUUCCUCACAGAAUGGAUGAACUGCUUUUAUCCAUUGGUUUUCAUAUUAUUCCAUUCUGCUAACCUUUUCUUCCAUUACAAGUUUACUACUUGCUACUGGUCUGUGCGUCAUGCAUUAUCCCCUAACUGAAAACACAUAUGAUGCAUUUUCCAUAGUUAGUACUCAUUUGAUUUUUGCAUCCAGAAGAUUACUGAUCAUAAGCCAGUAGUCAGUCACCUGUACUUCUUGUAACACUUUCGAGUUUUGAGCUUUAAUUAAUUAGACAUUAACUUAUCUUUUGCUGUUACGCACAUACAGCACUCUCUGAUUUGGUUCUG